AAUUUGUACACAUAUAUCACACGCACUGUGCAUGUGGGGGAUGCCCACGUUGGAUUUAUCUCGCAAUCUACUUCCGCAAACAGAGAACUCAACUAGCGCAUUGCCAAGGACACGUACCGUUGGACGAGUAACUUAGAAAACCUAUCUGGCCACUGAGAAUUUAUCCCGGGAAUUAAUUUGAUACCAUCAGUGGGUCAGUUGAGGUCGUCACAAUGGCAGCCGAAGACUUUAAGAAAAUUCUCGAGGAACUCAACAGCAGAAAGGCCUUGCAUUUUCAGGACUUCAUCAAAGGGUGCGAGGGAGGUUUGGAUCCCCAGACACUAAAGGCCGUUGGUAUCGAUCUUAUCGAUAUAAAAUACAAGACGCUAAAGAAAGGCACCAAGGUAUAUGCCCUGAUGCCUUUGAAAGCAGCACCGAUCCAUGUGUAUACCAUGAACAUUGAAACCCUACACAACAUCAUAGCAGAGAACCCGCAGAAUGAUGAGAACGGUGUUUCACGUGUCAGUGUCUUCGAGUUGACAAGCGAUAGUGUGAUGACAAUGCAGAUCCGCGAAGACAUUGCAUGUAAAGUCUGCUCGCUGUGGAUAAAGUCCAAGGACAAGGACAACGCUGCAGAAGAGACCGAGGGAAAGGACUAUAAAAAACUACUGCAAAGCAGGGACCCCAGCAAUAAGAAUUUCAUAGACCUGUGCAUCACAAGGUAUUCCUUUCCCGAAUUCAUUCAUGCACUUGUAUACACGAGACAGAACAGCGCAUAUGAAGUCCUUGUGACUGGGUGUUUUGAUGAAUUUAUUAGGCAGCGGAGGUUUGUUCAGGAUGUAGUGCUUCCCAAAAGCUCUUUGAGCAAGCUCACUGUGGAUGAGGAUGGGUACCUUAGACUCGGUUCUUCUAGCGACGAACCAACCCAUGUUGCGGUUGACGUUGCAUACGCAAAGGUCAAAGACAAGAAGGUAUCUAAAGAAUUCUCACAAAGUCAGAAGGUUCCAUCGUAUGAUGAUAAUUUCCCAACAGCUGAGGAGUAUAACGAUCACAAGGAGGAUGAUCAUUCUCUCGAUUACGAGUCCAUCGACAUCAAACCCUUGCCUACGGAAUCGAUGACAAACGUGCCAGUGGCAAGCCCACGCCCCGAUCAGAAGCCGCCACCACCUCCUACCGCAGAACCGGUCUACAGCACCAUUGACAAGUCCGCCAAGAAACCCAGAGACAGGCAAAAGAGUGUUGAUCAACCCGACACCCCGGGGACACCAACUGGUACCAAGCCGCCACGCCCACCCCCGCUGGACACCAUGCCAAACAGCGACGGGGAAUCCCCCGCUCAGAGCCACAAGCCAUCCAGACCUUCUGCACCUCCCAGGGUCCUACGUGGCAAGUCGCAGUCAUCGCUGAAUUCCGGCCAUGGAAGCACUGGGAAUGUAUCCUUGGAUGGCAAAGACGAGGCCUUGGAACCGCCUCCUCGGACGAGCAUGAAGGUCAAAGGUCAGAAAUCUGAUACAAUGACGCGUUUUUAAUGUAAGUAAUAAAAUGUGUGUUGUAGGCUAAAUCCUCCCCAUUUCAAAUAUACACUGUUUUUGUACUACAAUCUGACCUAGUUCCCUUUGCCGUCUGGUGCCCAGUUGUAAUAGUGAAAGGUCGGAUAUUUGGGUAAAGUAGUAACCAUAUAUAGGGAAGAGGGGUCUAGUGUAAGAUGUAUUCUUUAGGGUUGUGGAGGAUUCACAACUACAAACAAAUGGCUUAUAUUCUCUGCUAAUUAUAGAGUAACAUUGUAAUUCAGCUAAUCUCUCAAGUGUCAGUUAUUGAUAUUGAAUAUUUUCCUAAGGAUUCUCCAGUGUAUCAAGAAACUGGGUUAUAUUAUAUGGAAUCAUAUUCAAUGAUCAGUGUACAAACUAAUGAACUAUAAACCAUCCUAUCGAAUUCAUCUUGAACUGGACAAGAUAGUGGUUCCAUUUGAAAUAAAAAGUAUACAUGUGCCAAACCUUGCCAGAUAAGACAGCUACAUGAACAUGAUGUGUAUAAAAUCAUAGGUGUACCUGCACACAUAUAUCAUAGCAAGCCUAGUACACAGGUUUAUUUCCAAUUGGUCUAAUGCCAAUUCGUCUAAUUACCAACUCGUCUACUAUAAUUUGGUCUAUUAUCAAUUCGUUCACUAUCCACUUGGUCUAAUUGCCAUUUCAUCCACUCACCUUUUCGUCUAAUAACCAGUUGGUCCAAUAUCCAUUUAGUCCAUGAACCAUUUGGUCUAAUUGGAUAAGUGUUAAUUGGGUGAAAUGAAUGAAAAGAAAAGACCAACUGGUUAUUAGAAGAAAUGGUCAUGGAUGAACUGGUGAUUAGACAAAGUGAUUAUUGGACCAAAUGGUUAUUGGAAUGGUUGUUAGAUGAAUUAUUGAUGGACAGAAUGGCAUUAGACUAAAUGAAGGUAUACCUUUUAAUGAGCAGACGAGUUGGCAAUAGACAAAUCGGCAGUUUACCUGUUAAUGUGUUUUCAAGACUUGGUAUCAUUUUGUUAACUUUAAUUUUAAAACCAUUUUGAAGAUAAAGAAAUAAACACAAUCAUGUUUCUACAGAGGCUGUGCUAAUUAAAACGCGUGAAUGUUGACUACGUGCUAUUUUCUUAUCAACUCGCCAAAAAGGAAAUGCACAAUAACUAUUCUGGUAUUAUGAAAAUGAUACUAUCAAGUGCCUACAUGCACUUUAGAUGGUUUGAAAGAAGAAAUUAAUAGUGCGAAGAAAAGAAAGCUCGUUUAAUGAGCCAGCCGUAAUUUAUCUUCUAUAAGGAGGAAUGUCUUCAAUGAUAGAUUUACUCAUGAAAAGUCCCGUUUAAAUGUUAAUUCCCUCUUUUUUAUGAACCAUAAUAUUGAACUAGAUGUGUAUUCUAAACUGCAGACACCUACAAUGAAUACCGGGUAAUACUCAUCAAGAUUUUAAAAAUGGUUUUGUUAACAAGACUAUAUAAUUUCAAAAGUCAUCUUUUUUCCUUUUUUUGAUUUGUAGAUCAAUGUUCUUAUAAUUGCAAAACUCCCUAUUUCCCAAAGUACAGUAUCGAUAGAUUAUCUCUUGUUCUGCAAACAGAAACAAGAGAUUAAAUUCUUUAGAAGAGGAUCUACUUAUCUAAUGUUUACAGAUCAAAUCUUGAUUUUGAGUCAGACAGAUGCAGACAUGCCAACCGUUCCCUUUUUAGAGUAUUUGUUCCUCUUUAUUGAUAUGAAUACACCGAUACUUUUUUGUAUGAUUUGUUACGUUUUAAAAAGAUUUCCGAUCAGGGAGUAUGUAUCAUACACAGCGCGUGACACUAGCGCCGGUCCGACAGUCCUAGACUGGUAAAAAUCACUGUCGGGCCAGUAACUUGUUGCAUGAAAGGAACAAGUAAGUUCUUGCCUACGAGCUCAUGUUUAAAAGGGUGAAUUAUCAAGUUUUCAAACUGUAGAGUCAUUUCACAUGUUCUGUCACCGAUCUCACUACAACAGGCUGGCGAUUGUUCGUUUGCUCAAGACAAAUUUUUGAAAAUACUCUAUUUUUGUCAAAAAAUACUUUUUUUCCUUCUAAGAAUACUUUGUUGUUGUUGUAGAAGGUUGUCAGGUCUGGAGAUGACAUCAGGGUAGUGUUUCAUGAAUUUUCUUUUCAGUGAUUAUCCACUGACAAAUUUGCUCUGAGCCAAUCAGAUGCAAGGAAAGCUUGUAACAAAUGUCAGUGAAAAUGACUAUUUGUUUUGUGAAAUGCCCCCCUGAUGUCUAUGCAUAUCGACAGAUUAAACUAAAACAGAGAGCAUUAGGUGAAGACUUUUAAAUAUAUGUUUUUCUCAUCAAAGUGGCAAAUGUUCAUUCUUAAUUUUCUAUCCAGUUUCAUAUUGAAAAAAAAAAGUUAAUACAUCAUGAAAAUUGGAUCCAUGUUAUGACGAGUCAAAUGGCUGAUAAUGGAAUUUCAAUGACAAAUAACCAAGCUUGUUUCAACAGCAACUCAGCAACAUUGAAAAUGAUUUUAUUUUUCAGCUCAUUUUUGUUCCUUUUAAUAUUCCAUGUCUGAUUUCAAUUGGAAUACAUGUUCAUGUACCUCCAUACUUCCAUCCUUACAAUCAGAUCAAAAUAUCAUGUAAGUCCCAAAGUACUACCAGUUCUCACAGAUACCACUUUUUUGAAAAUGACAAGAUUUUUCAGUUAUUGAAUAUGCAUAGAUCUACAAUUGCAGAUGAUUGUUCCUGAGCCCAAAAGAAUCCGGAUUUUUAUGGUGAUGUAUGACAAAAUUUGAUCUGUGGAAGUCUUAUGCAAAAGAGUCCAGAGGAGGCAGUGACAAUUUUUUUUCUUGGUGUGCCUUUCAAGUUCAUUCAACCAGAAUUCGUUGCAUUGUUUAGAGUUUACUUCGACCCAGUUUUAAUUUUUGGGCUCCUUUUGUCUUCCAGGGCUUUGGCGCCAUUUUCAGGACAAAUAUGCCCCAAGACCCAGUGUAAGAGAAUUAGUCAUUCCCAGGGAGGGAGUCUAAUAA